AUGACAUACCUCUCUGUUCCCAUAUGUUCCUCUCUUCGAUCUAACCCGCUGUUCCUGAUGUUCUGCCUCCAGUGGAUAUUGCCGCUAUUGUUUCUACCCAAGCCAUCCAAUCCAGCAACUUGUGUUCACCACACCAUAUACGUCCUCUUGUUCCUGAUAUGUUUUUUUCUAGAACGCAGGCCAUGCGGUGUGUGUGCUUUGUUACUUUUUGUGUUCAUUUUACUUCCAUGUUCCAGCUCUCUGGACACUCUGUGCCUAUUUACCAUGUGUGUCAGCAAACAAUCGCUUGACUGA